AUGCUGAAAGGACGCUUUUUACUUCGAGCUAUCGCUCGACGAACAAUGGCUUCAAAAAUUGAGCCCGGAGCGCCUCAACCUAUUUAUCUGGAUGUUCAGGCAACGUCGCCAAUGGAUCCGAGAGUGGUUGACGCAAUGCUUCCGUACAUGAUCAAUGAUUUCGGAAAUCCUCACUCUAGAACUCACUCCUAUGGGUGGAAAGCAGAGGAAGGCGUCGAGCAAGCGAGAAAAUAUGUCGCGGAUCUUAUAAAAGCAGAUCCACGUGACAUUGUUUUCACUUCUGGAGCCACUGAAUCGAAUAAUCUAGCAAUUAAAGGAGUGGCAAAAUUCAGGAAGCAAUCUGGCAAAAAUCAUAUCAUCACACUGCAAACUGAGCACAAAUGCGUUCUAGAUUCAUGUCGAUAUUUGGAAAACGAGGGAUUCAAAGUCACAUAUUUGCCAGUUGAUAAGGGAGGAAUGGUUGAUAUGGAACAACUUGAGCAAUCAAUCACCCCUGAAACGUGUCUUGUUUCCAUUAUGUUCGUCAAUAAUGAGAUUGGAGUCGUUCAGCCGAUUAAACAAAUUGGUGAGCUCUGUCGCUCGAAAGGUGUCUACUUCCACACAGACGCUGCUCAGGCCACCGGAAAAGUUCCAAUUGAUGUGAAUGAUUUGAAAAUCGAUUUGAUGUCGAUUUCUGGUCAUAAAAUCUACGGACCAAAAGGCGCCGGCGCUCUAUACGUUCGCCGCCGUCCGCGCGUUCGAGUGGAAGCACAAAUGUCUGGUGGUGGACAAGAGAGAGGUCUCCGAUCGGGUACUGUAGCUGCUCCACUUUGUAUCGGUCUUGGAGAAGCGGCAAGGAUUGCUGGUCGGGAAAUGGAAAUGGACAAGGCACAUGUGGAACGGCUAUCUAGAAUGCUGAUCGACGGAAUCAGUGAGAAGCUGACACAUAUUAUUCGAAAUGUAGAUGAGAAGCAUGCAUAUCCAGGAUGUGUGAAUUUGUCAUUCGCUUAUGUUGAAGGAGAAUCGCUUCUAAUGGCUCUGAAAUCCAUCGCCUUGUCUUCUGGAAGUGCAUGUACAUCUGCAUCCCUCGAACCCUCGUACGUGCUCCGUGCCAUCGGCUCCGAAGAAGAUCUGGCUCACUCUUCGAUCCGCUUUGGGCUUGGAAGAUUCACAACAGAAGAAGAAGUCAAACAUACAAUUGAUUUGUGUGUCAGAGAGACGGAGCGGCUCCGUGAGCUCAGUCCACUCUGGGAAAUGGUUCAGGAGGGAAUCGAUUUGAAGAGUAUUCAAUGGACUCAACACUAA